UGCAGCAUCAGGUACUGCGUUUGGCUCAAUUAGUUAGACUUUGAGGAAGUCACUGGUCGUAACUACUUUAGUAACAGGUGGAAAGAAAAUGUAGACGUCCAUCGGAAGCCUGUACGAUUUUUUGUAUUGGUUUAUCUUUGCGUGGCAGCAGUGUCUAUAACUUUAUGUAGUACUUUAUGCUGGCUAGCUAACCGAGCUAACGCCGACGUCUCAACAUUAACUUCUGUCAACUUUUCACACCAGCUACUACCCAAAUCUGCGACUUGAUAGCUUAUCGAAAUGGAGGGGCGCCGUCGCUCGUCCAGGCUGUCUCGGUGAAUAUUUUCCACUCGGACGUCUCGAAUUGACUCAGCUAAAGGUUGACUUUAAGUUUCUUGAAGGCUCCUCUUUGGCUUGUUUUUUUCCUCUGGCAGCAGCCAAGCGCUUUGCCAGGUCGCCCGUUCAGGACCAGCACCGAGAGGGCGGACAUAAACAAUGUUUUCUGUGAAACCCAUGAAACCAACCUUCAAGUGUUACCUUCCUCCUGUGCAGACUGAUGUUAAGAAAACCAUUGAACCACCUAUCAAAAAGGUGGAGCCAAAGCUACUACCAGGAGAGAUAGUAGUUAAUGAGGUGAACUUUGUGAGGAAAUGCAUCAGCGCUGAAAGCAGCCAAGAUGACCUUUGGGGGAAGUUGAUAUGCACCAACUUUAAGGUCUCCUUUAUCCCUCAAGAUGUACCACCUAAACAGAAGGCCCAGCUGUCCCACCUGCUGCUUGGAGUGCAUGAUAUCCCCCUGACCUGUUUAGAGCAAGUGGUAACAGUGAAUGAUACAAAGGGGAAGAAGAAAGUGUUAGGCUCAAACCAGAAGCUGAAAUUCAACCCCACUGAGCUCAUCCUGUAUUGCAAAGACUUGCGCAUCAUAAGGUUCUGCUUCGGUGAGGCUGGGCCUGAGAGUGCCAAAAAGGUUUGCCUUGCUAUUGCCCAUUACACCCAUCCAGCUGAUCUUCAACUGCUGUUUGGUUUUGAGUAUCAAGGGCGGCGAUACCAUGAAUCUAAAGAGCAACGAGUCAAUGGCUCCACCCCACGGGGAGGAUUACUCACCCCCAUUUUUGACCGUCCAUCGGACUGGGAUCGAGAGAUCAAGCGGACGGGUGCUUCAGAGUGGAGGGUGUGCUCCAUCAAUGAGAGUUAUGCCAUCUCAUCAAGUCUUCCAGAGUACAUUGCGGUUCCAGCUUCUCUGGCAGAUCAGGAUCUAAAGCAGUACUCAAUUUUCUUCACUGAUAAUCGCAUCCCUCUCUGGUGCUGGAAUCACCCUAAUGGGAGCGCUCUGGUCCGCACGGCCUGCAUAAAUGACCCAUUGCAGCAGAAGAAGAUUGAUCAGAGAGUCUUUACCGCCAUAACCAAAAGCCAUCCACAGCGCAGUGAAGUCAUCAAGUCAGAUCUGGACAAGUGUCUGCCUAACAUCCAGGACAUCCAGAGUGCUUUUUAUAAAGUCAAGCAGAUCUCUGUCAUAGAUCCUUUUGAGGAGUCUGAGGAGAGGUGGCUUUCUUCCAUUGAAAACUCACGAUGGCUGGAGUACGUCAGGGCGUUUCUGAAGCAUUCAGCUGAGAUGGUUUACUACCUGGAUGGGAAGAAUUCUUCAGUCAUUCUCCAAGAGGAAGAAGACAGAGACCUGAACUGUGUGGUGUCCUCCUUGGUGCAGCUCAUGUUGGACCCUCACUAUCGCAGCCUUGUCGGCUUUCAGAGCUUGGUGCAAAAGGAGUGGGUGAUGGCAGGCCAUCGCUUCUUGGAUAGAUGCAACCACUUAAAGAAGAAUGACAAAGUGGAGUCCCCGCUGUUCAUGCUUUUCCUGGACUGCGUGUGGCAGAUGAUGAACCAGUAUCCUGCAGCGUUCGAGUUCACAGAGACCUAUCUGACGGUCUUGAGUGAUAGCAUGUGGAUCCCGCUCUUCAGUACUUUCCUCUUCAAUUCUCCUAAACAGCGGACUCAGCACUUGAUGGACUUUGCCAAGAAUAAAGCCAUCCCUCAAGGGGAAGACCCUGUCGUGUAUUUCCCACCGGUUUGGGACUGGUCACAACAGUUCUCCAUCAAAGACCAAACCCUCUUUAACAACCCCAUGUACAUAGGCAAAGGAGCCGCCUGUGUUCAGAAUGGGGAAGUGAAAACCUUCAAACGCACAAAGAAGACCUACAGUUCCACUUUGCGAGGAACCCCUGCAUCUAUGCGUAAUGGACUGAGAGAGGAACCGUUGACUCGGCGGGGCUCUCUGUUGUCAGAGCUAAGGUCAGAAUUCUCACCAGUAAAAGAGGUGUUGGAGAGCCCAUCUGAGCGCUUCUUCAGGGACUGGUUCUCUCGGCCCGCUGACCAGCAGGGCCUCCUGAUUCCCCUGCUUGUACCUUCACAUGUGGCUCUCUGGAAGCUCUUCUUUCUACGUUGGGUUCCUGAAGCCUGCAUUCCCAAAGGAGGCCCUGUCACUGCCUAUCACAAGCUCUCCCAACUGGUCGAUGAAAUUGAGAUACUACAGAGCCACCUCAGGCAGUAUAAGGGACCCAGUCCGGGGAGCACACCAGUCCCCAGCCCAUGCGGGCCCCCCUCAGAUCAAAGGAGGAUGUAUUUUAAGGCCACCUCCCCACAUGACCCCCCCACUCCUCCAGACUUCCUUACUUCCUCCUUUCCUUUCACUCCAAUGGGAAACCUGUGCCGCCGCACAAUCCAUGGGACUCCCAUUAGCAAAUUUCUGAAUGGGGCAAAGAUCUGGCUCUCUACAGAGACUCUCGCUAAUGACACUCUCUGAGGACAUGUGGCUUUAGGGCUUACUUUUCUGAGCCUAGCAUGAGUUUCUUUAUCAAUUAAUCAUUUUAUUUUCUAUUACCUCUUCCUUAUAUACUGAGAAGCCAAUUCAUUAAUAGAAAAAUUUAACUUUUUAUUUCUAAUUUUUAAUUUAUAAGCUAGAAUUUUCACCAUUGGUGCUGCAAUGAAAUCUGAGGUCAUUUCUAAACUGAAGUGCCACCUAUAGGACUGAAUCAUCAUUGUCCAUUACAGUUGAGGAAUUCACAAUUGCUGAAGCACAUCCUCUUUAUUGUCCAGUGAGUUGUUACUGUGAUGUCUCGUCCUACUGUGAAAGAUCGUCAUACUUAAAGCAUUUUAAUGUAUUUUCUUCUCUUUAGCUAAGGUCUUUCUCAAUAUUUAGCUAAGCUAACUGCUCUUUUUUGUGGAGUUUGUUGCUUUUGGAGAUUUUAAUAUAGUUGUGGCUAGGGUGAGGGCUCCCUAUGAUUCACUGCACAUUUUUCAGCUAUAAUUGGAAUUUAACAAAGUAUGUGUGUGGCAUUAAUGGUAUCAGUUUGGUUGUCAUUUCUCUGAAAUCUCAUUGGUCAGUAUGACUUCCCAACUGUAAUGGAAUUGAAAGAUUUCAUGUAAAUGGCGACACUUGAAAUUAGAAAAUGCCAGUUUUUAUUGCAGCAACAAUGAUGCAUUUCACUGAAUACUGAUUUCCAAGUACUACAUUUGUUUGUGCUUGUAAUUGACAAUGUAAUAUUUUACCUGAUCUUUUUUUAUUUCAGAAAGAGGAACAGAAAAUAACACUGCUAACAUGAUUCUACUAUGUGGUAGAAACAAAAAAAGGAUCUGGCCUGGUUGAAUGUAAUGGGGUUGGGCUUUCGUUUUCCUUGCACAAACUUAAUGCUAUUUGCUCCAAGUGCCCAUAUUUUCAUGGUUGGGUUACAGUUUCACUGUAGGUAGCAAAUGGUGUGAAUUCAGGGUCUCACUUUGUAGAUUUCCUCUAUUUUUGAAGCAGAGAUAUAAAGGCCUAUAUUUUUAGCAUCACACUUCAGGUGAUACUUAGAGGGGAAAGUUGAGCUGUGAGGACUUCAAUCUGUGGUAGAUACUUCCUCUUUUUUUGAAGAGGUUUCAUCAAACUUUUAUAGAGGCCUUCUGGUAAGGCGGAAAAGAAACUGUUCAGAUUAACGGGAGCUGAAUGGAUGAAUAUUUGAAAGCAAAGGGAAAGACAAGGGCUUUGACUCAAACCAGUCCCGAGUGUAGUAUGUGGUGAGCUGGAUCUUAGGCACAAGUUACUGAUCCCGUAAACGUGAUGGUGAUGGGUCAGUGACAAGGGAUGCAGUUUCCAGACAGUACACGAGAAAACAACAGCAAUAAAACAUCUGGAUUAGAAAGUGUCUGUAUAUAACACAUGAAUAAACUGUUCGGACAUACUGAAAUGAAAUAACUCACCACAAGCUACACAGUGUUAGAAAGCGAAAGGUUUUGUAAGAAUGACAUGUUGAACUGUAUACACUGUUACACAUACUGUAUGUAGCUUUAUCAGUACUUACAUUUUUUAAAGAAACUUUUAUUUUAGUUUUUCCACAUAAUUCAACUCAGCUUACAGGACUAAUAUAACAGAAAACAUGCAGUGAAGCUACUGUACUUCCUGUCAGGAUGGGGAUGCUUAUGAGUGUUUAUGAUGCAAUCAGGGAAUUUCCUAUUGUCCACUGUACUCUGAUGAUUUUGGUGUGGGAUAUCCUUUAAAAAUGUCUCCUUGGGAUGUUUACCACUUCCUAGACUAGGGACUGGUUUGAGACACGUCAGGGGAAACGGAUCAGUCAUCCAGUGCCUCCAUUGGAAAAAGUGGUGAGGAACUAGCACUGUGUAAUGUUUUAAUGUCUUAAAAAUAACAAUACAGCAUUAAUGACUAAAGCCCUUUGUUAUGUUAAAUAUUACACCACUGGACAGAGUGAAUAUCUGUCCCACCAUUACACAGAAACAUUGAUCCUUAGAUGGUAGAUUGACCAGUUUCCAAUGAUACUCAGGAAAACUGGCGAUUCUUUGGCAAUAAUGAGUUUCAGGUGUUUUUAGUAUACAUGUGUAUAAUGUGAGUGCAGGGCCUGCUCUCCUAAAUGCUAACAAUUGCACAUUUUACUCCAUAUAUAGGUUAGUUUGUUUUAAGGGGUGGUUGUUGAAUAUCAUUUUGGCAGAUAUAAAUACUGUAUAUGCUUGAAAUCUUCCAAUUAAUAUUUUUGAUUCAUGGUACUAAAUAACUUUUAUCUUUGAUUUAGUCUUUAUAUUUUAUGCAGAGAUAUUUAUAUGCUGUGUUUUUCCACUAAUUCACACCGUUGCACUCUGCUGUAAUUGUAUGACGACUGUGCUUCCACUGUGGCACAGUUUGAUAUUGAUUAGCAGCAGAUGUAUUUAUUCAGUUAUGCAAAUGUACUCUGAGAGGGAUGCAGUCGCUGCUCUACAUCCCCUGUGCCUUCUUUUUUGGGAAGAUUGACCAUUUUGUAACUAUAUUCUAAAUCCUGUUGACUUCUUUUAGUUUUCUAAUUCUAAUGGUUUUCAUCAACUCUGUAACCUGAUAAAGUCAGAGGUACUGCACUGAAGCUGUUUUUCCUAACAGAAAAUAAGGCUUAAAUGUGUACCAGUAACCAAUCAUUACAUUAUUUUUCAAAUGA